GAUGGCGCCGAGUAACAAUCGUAGAAGGUUGUGAUUUUCGAAGUAGGAUUCCUACGAAACUUUUCGUGUUUUGUGAACAAAAUGAUGACUGUCACGGUUUAGCAAUUUAUCAGUUCAGAUGGCGGAAACUAAACUUGCCUUGGCAAGGCUGCCACCAUUGUCGGGUGGGAAAAUAGCCAGCAUCUCACCAAGAGCUACCAAUCGUUUUGAUGUGUUCGGUGGUCCCAGCUACAAAUUAGCCAACAAGGAAUAUCCAUUACCUCUACCAAAUGCACUCAAGCCUUAUGUGGACACCAAAGCAGGAGAGCUGGACACAUGGCCAGCACAUGCCAGCGGUCAGGCCCUGGCCACAACGUCAGCCAUGUUGUCCAAGAAUAAGAGCCUGGUCAUGAUUAGCGAGGAUGAGAGCGGCAAACCCAGGAUGAUCCCCAAACCCAGAUUCUUGGAACAGCUGGAGAACUUCCUCAAGAAGGAGUUGAGGGCUCUUGGAGUUACAGAAGUCGUACCAAGUGAACUGAGGCUCCAGGCACACCGUGAAGUAUUUGAGUACCUGAUUGAAGACUUCAAGACAUAUCGCCACCUGUUGGCAGCCAUCAAGAAUGAGUAUGAGAUGAUGCUGGCGAGUCAGAGACAGCAGAUCAGGGAGCUGGAACCACUUCGGCAAAUGUUGGUGACAGUGUCAGAACAGUGUGACCAGAAAGUCAUGGCGCUACGGGAGGAAGAAAAACAAGAGAUUAUACGACUAAAGGCAGACAACAAAGGGCUUCAGAUGCAGAUCUCCUCCAUGAGGAAUCAGCAGAAGGAUCUGGAGGAGCAGGUGGUUCGACUCCAGGAGAAACUGCAUGAAGAGUACCGCAAAUAUCGGGAUGAGUUCGAUGCUCGGAAACUGCUUGUGUCUGACAUCAACGAUCUCCGUUAUCAGCAGGAGGACUACCUCGUGUCUAAACAGAGUCUGCAGGAUGCACAGGAGGCCCAGGAAGACCCCAUUACACUUAAAAUAGCACUUAGGAAGGCCCGUGAGGAUGAGAAAAAUGCGACCCAGCGGCUGAAUGAGAUGAUAGCUAACUAUGGGGAUGUGAUUCCCAGACGAGACCACGAGGCAUUAGAAGCUAAACAUAAGAAACUAGAGGAGGAGAGUCAAGUCUCAAAGGACGACUUCAUGAAACUACAGGUUGAGCAUGAAGCUCUGCUUGAUGUACAGAAGCAGGUGACACAGCAGAGAGAUGAGUUCUACCUGGAGCUGGAGACUCUCAAGAGGAGUUCCACACCAAGGCCUGACUGGGACCGGUGUGCUGACCACAUCAACGGGGGCCUGGCACGGUGGAAGGAGAUGGCGGAGGGCAAGAGGAGCAAUGAGCUGGUGGAUGUGCUGCUCACGGAGAUCGGGUCAGGUGGACUUGUCGACUCUGCCGGGGCUGACUACUUUGAUCCUAAGGGCAAUAGUGAGGAUGUUCCUGCUUAUCUGAAGUCCGAGGGUCAGGUCCGUAACAGGCGCCUGGGCAAAAGAGACUGUUCACUCCUCAUCAAGGAUAUCUGGCGGGAAAAGGGUGCCCAUGAUGCCCAGAAAACUGAUGGUAAGCGUGAGAAUAUGGCCGAGUUCCUGCACAUGUACCUCCAGCGCCGCUUCUCCCUGGACACCAUGGUGAUGGAGUGGGGCUACAACCUGCAUGACGCCCUGCAGCGCUACACUAAUGAUGACAACAUUGGACUCUUCUGGGGAGUGCUCUCAGGGGAGAUUGAUGAGGAGGUCCACCACAAGCAGCUGCUCAUCGUCCAGAAGCUGAUCACGGCCCUGACCAAGAUGGACUCAGAGCAGGGCAACCAGGGCCAGUUGUCCCGGGAGGACUUCAGGGCAGGGCUGCAGGAGUUCUUCUCCGGCAUAGAGGAAGAAGCCUUACAGGCCAUGGUGCAGGCUGCCGAGGUCGAGCUUGAUGCCAAGGAAUCUCCAGAUUUUGAGUACAAGAAUCUGUUUAUGGAGGAUGAUGAAGGUAGAACUGGUCCAUUCUUAGAUGCAGUUAAGAAAUGGCUGAAAGAUGAACAGAAAGCUUAUAUAGAAGACAUCAAAGUCAAGUUGGAAGACACAGAUCCUGUGAGCCCCGAUGACCUCAAGAGAGCACUGAGCCUCGCUGACCCCGAGAUCACUAGUCAGCAGAUGGACUCCUACCUGUCCUGGGCAUUCCGCGUUCCGGCAGAAACCGUCUACGACUGCAACCCACUGGAACAAGCCACCAUCCUACAGAGACUGGAGAAUGGCAAUGUGUUUAGGGUUGGUCAGAAGAUAUAAGAAACCACAUUCCUGCAAGUUGUGUAACAAUGUUCACCUGUUGUUUUUGUCCCAAGGUGUCCUUGAAUCUCUGCCCCUUUUAUUCCGAACCAUCCUUCAGCAUUAGCAUCAGAAGCCGUAAUUACUUAAUUAAACAUCUAUCAACCUGAGGCUUUGAGUAGUGACUGAAUACACAGUUAUAUCAAAUAUUCUCUGUUAUAUUGAAUCAAGUAAUGAGAGCUUGAUAUCUGAGCUUCAUUGUUAACCAUUACAGUAUUUUCCAGCUCAUGCUGUUUUGAUGAAAGAUUGUACACUUGAAGAUAUGAGUUAAGAUAAUUUUACGGUAUUGAUGAGGAUGUUUUCAUCUGCAACUGUAAUCUUUUCAGAUGAUGUUUUACCUGUGCCUAACAAAAAUGUUAAACUGAAAUAUAUGUGGUCAACAUUUCUUCCAGUUUCCAGAGACCAUAUAUACUUGUUGUUAAGUCAUGUGAUUACACUGUACCUAUAUUUUCUGCUCAUUAUGUUGAACUCCAAAGUAACAGAAAGCUCAGUUUAUCAAGAACAUUUUAAUGUAUUGUAGUGACUUGACAAUAAUCUUCCAUUAAAUGAAUAUUUGCAAACUUUAUUGCAUGGAUUAUGAAUUAUGUAUUAUGGAACCAAAAGCUCUUUACUGGGAUGUUUAAUAACAUCAUUGAUCUCUCACCAAAGAUAAUUAUUCUGAUAAUUUGUCUUGUGCCUGUUUUAAUAUCAGUGUCCAGUUAGCAUCACCAGAGAGAGGUCCUCGGUAUAUUUACAGUUAUCUACCAAAGUUACAUUCUAAUGCCUUCCCCUCGAUGUCAUAAUACUGCCAAAGAAGUUUAUCACCGACUUGUAUGUAUAUUAUUCUAUUAAAAGAAAUAUCCAUUUUCUGUCUUGUGUCUUAUAAAUGUGUAAUUGUUCUACAUGCAUGUUUUUAUUCUUUACCAAAGCCUGUUGUGAUAUUGGUUCAGGUGAAAAAGUUCUAAUACAAUUGAUAUAGAAGAUGAACUGAGGGGCAAAUGAUACUGUACCUGUUGAAUUUAUCAUAUGUUUGGUGAGAAGUUUAAAUAUCUUAAUUAGUGAUAUCAUCUCCAGAAAAGCAACUGCACUGGCGGUUAGUCAGCACUCAAAGAAUACUUUUUUACAUAGCAAACAAAUUGUGCAUACUUUCUUUUGCCCCUCAGUUUAUGUAAUCUGAUAGCACAUUGUUGUGUGUGUACUGUGAUUGUAUAUUUGUGGAAUCCUUGUAUUCAUUGGUCUGUGUGGCCCGAGUUCAGAGGUAAGACUUCACAGUUUGAAUAUCAGACUGUAGUGUUUAGAUACAAUAGGGCCUGCAAGUCCUGUACUUCCAGUACUAAGCUGGUUCCCGGGCUCCCUUUGCCUGUGCCAACUUGCUAUAUGCCAGACGGGACCCAGUUUACUUCAGGUACCAGAUUUCCAGUGACAUGCGUAUAUUCAAGAACCAGUUCUGGUUCCAAAUUGCAUGACCGCCAAAUAUGACUUUACUAGUCAUGACCAAGUGUACAACCAUGCUUGGCUGUUACAGUUGUUGACAGUCGUAAUAGUUGGCUAAUUUGAGGAUGGUUAGAUCAGAAAUUUGUUAUUCCUGCAAGGAUUACCUGUUCCUAACUGUCAACUGACAACCAUGAGACCAUUCGAAAAAGUAUGAAACGUUGUUUGUCACUGGAAGUACUAAGGUCUCGUGAAGUGCCGUGACCUACUUACGGGCCCCAUAUGACAUGCCACAAUUUCUCCCUUAUUGAGAUAAGAGGCUACUUGGGAUGGUAAUGAUAUGUCAUAUAUGAUGAACUGAUUUACAAUUACACAAAAUACCUUACAAAGCAAACAAACCAAACCACUUGAAUUCAUGUCCAGUAGAAACACUUUAGUCUUCCCUGACAGCAUUGACAUAAGAUGUGUCUUCUUUGAAGAUUGGCGCCUUCACAGGACCACUGUUGUAAAGCUGGGACCCAUUGACAGAAGUAUUAUAUCUUUGACCUUUAAUUGUUUUAUUGUAUAACCUAUCUUGGUGUUGUAAAUAUAUAUAUGUAUACUGUAAUCUAUGUAUUUGAAAAUAAAGUCCGUAUGAAUAAA